CGUUAAUGGGAGCUGAUUAAAGUGAUACUAAUGAAAUGAAGACAUAAUAAUAGUACCAAAUGUUUUUACUACAAUAUUCAAAGGAAAGAGAAUCUGAUCACAACUAAUUUGGAUAAGUAAAGUUGUACAAUCACAAUUAAGUAAUUAAGCUGUUAUAAUUAGAAUAAUACUAUGAUUUGUAUUAAGAAAUUUUAAACAAAAAGUGAUACUGAAUUAACACAGAUAACAAACCAUUUAAGAAAGAGGAAAAUCUUUGUACAUCCUAAUUUAGUGUAAUUACUGGCUGUUCGUACUUGUAAUGAAUAAUCAAUUUGUUCUGAUUCCAGUUAAGUGAUAGUUGUUUCAGAAUAUUUUCCAGACACAUUAGAAAGUGAAUUGAAAAAGAGAAGAUAAUCACUUAAGAGAUAUCCUGAAUCUCAUAUUUGGCUAUUAAUAUAAUAAAUUGUAGAUCCUUUGGCAUUUUUGGAAGAAUAGAAAUAAGUUCAUGGAGAUAUUCAACCAUAAAACAUAUAUUUGGAUGAGAAUGGAAGUGUAAAGUUGGCAGAAUAUAAUUAUUUUCCUGGUGGUUAACAUGGAUUUCAGAAAAUGUUAUUAAGUAAGGAUAGAGCUUAUUUAUCACCUACAUUAUUAAAUAAUUAUAGAAAUAUGAAUUUUAAAGCAUAACAUAAUGAAUAUAAAAGUGAUGUAUUUUCAUUUGGAAUGACAUUAUUGGAAGUGUUACUUUUAGAAGAAUCUUAUGAUUGCAUGGAUUUUUAGAAUGGUUGUAUAUUAUAACAUUUAGUUGAUUCAAAAUUAUAAAAAGUAAAGAGAUCAGGUUAUUCAUAAUUAUUAACAAAUUUUGUAAGAGAACUAUUAUAAAUUGAAGAAAAUGCAAGACCAAGUUGGAAUGAUUUAAAAUAAGUAAUAGAUUAAUUUAGAGAUAAAAUUUGUAACUUGAUUCCAUUCUAUCAAGAAAAACGAUAAAUGUCUCCAACUAAACUUGUUUAUUCAUAAACUUAUGUACCUCAACAAUAAAUAUUGAGUUCACCUUAAUCAAAAAUAUUAAGUUCUCCAAGAUAACCAUAAGUUUUAUAUUAAACUUAUCAUCAACCAUAACCAUUAUAUUAAACUAAACAAAUGCAACCAAUACCAAUGCAAUAAUCAAUCUACUAUGAAUCUGGAUAAAAAUAAGUUCCAAUUAAGAAAAUAACAAAAUUAGAUGAUACUGUAUCAAAAUAAGUUUAAUAACCAGAAAGCAAUUUGGAAAAGACUACUAUAAAAUAAUCUGAAACUAAAUGA